AUGGAUCCUUUGGGAAAUCAGAUGCUAUUGGUUGAACAACCUAAAAUCUUGAUCAAAGAUCUUAAAAACGAAAACGGGUGGAAUAAAAAUCUGAUAGAGGAGCUAGUUGGGAGAGAUCAAGUGGGAGAGGUUCUUGCUAAACUGGGAAAAAUUAAGACAGGCAAAGACAGACUGAUUUGGGCUGAAAGUUUGGAUGGACAUUCUUCUACAAAAAGUGCUUGGGAAGCUACAAGAUGUCAGGGGCAGAUAUCACAGUGGCACGAAUGGAUUUGGCACCCAACUCUACCAAAGAAGAUUUCGUUAAAUAUGUGGUUGGCCAUGAAAUGA